AUGGAGCGGCAGUGGGUGCCCCUGGUCCUGCUGGGGCUGUGCUGGGGGGGGGUGGCGGCGGCCGAGCGUCACACCGUUUUCUGGAACAGCUCCAACCCCCGGUUCCUGUGGAGCGACUAUACGGUGGAGGUGCGUCUCAACGACUACCUGGACAUCAUCUGCCCGCACUACGAGGAGGGGAGCGUGGACCCCCGUGCCAUGGAGCGCUACACCCUCUACCUGGUGGAGCCCGAGGAGUUCCAGACCUGCAAACCCCGCUCCAAGGAGCAAAUCCGCUGGGAAUGCAACAAACCCAGCGCCCUGCACGGCCCCGAGAAGUUCUCGGAGAAGUUCCAACGUUUCACCCCCUUCACGCUGGGCAAGGAGUUCAAGGAGGGGCACAGCUACUACUACAUCUCCAAGCCCAUCCACCACCACGGCGAAGCGUGCCUGAAGCUGAAGGUGACGGUGGCUGGCAAAGGCACUCAGGCACCGCCUGUCCCUGCCCCUACCCAGAAAGGGAGGAUCCAGGCAGACGACGCGGCCGCGCACGUGCUGAGGAGCGUGGGGCAGAACUCGGCGAUGAGGGGCAGCAGCCCCUUCACCUUCAUCAGCCUCCUCCUGCCCCUCCUGGUGCCGCAGGGGCUGUGAGCUGCCCCCCGCCCCUGCCCGGAUGGACCAAGGCUGUGGCCGCUGGGGACGGAGCCGGGAUCCUCGGGACCCCCGUGGUCCUCGCCCGUGUCCCGGGGCGGCCUUCCCUGCGCACACCUGGGUCAGGAGAGGAUUUGUCAGUAUUACGGGGCUGGAGGGCCCGAAGCGGAG